AUGUUAAGACGCGCCGCCAUUUUGGAGCCGCCGCCGCUCCCUGAGGUGAUGCCAGACUCUCCCAAAGCCCCCCCAGAUUUGGGGUCUCUGCAGGAGCUGCGCGCCGCCCUGCAGGGGGCGCUGCUGCAGCGCCCGGCCGAGCCCGAGCCGCCCGAGCUGGCGCCGCUGCUGCGGCUGCCGCUGCCGCCCGGCCGGAAGCUGCAGCUGCUGCCGGGGGCGCGCCUGCUCCGCGACAACCUGGCCUGGAAUCCCCAGGGCCUCCCGCACGGCCUGGAGCGGCUGAGGACGGCGCUGAACAUUCUGGAAAAAUACGGGCGGAACCUUCUGAGCCCCCGCCCGCCCCGGCACUGGAGGGGGGUCCGGUUCGGCAACCCCGUCUUCAAAUCCACCGUGGGAGCCAUCCAGGGCGGCCGGGAGGUGCUGAAGCUGCUGGGCUACACCGAGGAGUCGGGGGAGGGGCUGAGCUUCCCCCCUCCCCCCCACGGGCCCCACCCCCCGCUGGUGGCCGCCGUCACCGCCGACGUGCUGGUGCUGCGCGCCGAGCUCGACCGGCUCCUACUGAACCAACACCCAAAUCCCCAUUUCUUCACCCAAAUCUUACUGGGAGAGGAUGAGUGGCCGCUGGUGUCGGAUGCGCUGCCCGAGGUCCUCCCGGCCGGCGGGGCGGGGCCGGGGCGGGGCUGGGCGUGUCGCAGCUGCACCUUCCGGAACCCCUCCCCCGCCGUGCUGUGCCAGGUGUGCGAGCGCCCCCGGCUGGCCCGGAGGCCCCAGCCAAGCCCCGCCCCCUCCCAGCUCUGGCCCUGCCCCCGCUGCACCUUCCUGAACCAAGGCCACGCCCCCUCCUGCGAAAUGUGCGGCACAGACCACGCCCCUUCUGGUGAUGUCACACAAGGAGUGGCCACGCCCAAUCCCAGUGGUUUUCCUGUCACUUCCGGGUUUGGGGAUGUCACUUCCGGUUGUGACCCCGCCUCUUCCGCUGGUGGAAACGCCACUUCCGGUUCGGCUGUGGCGACUUCCGGUGCUGCUAAGCCAAUUUCUAGUUCUGCGCCAACGACUUCCGGUGUGGAAAAGUCAACUUCCGGUGCCGAGAAACCCACUUCCGGUGUUGAAAACACCACUUCCGGUUUCGGAGAGUCCACUUCCGGGCUUGAAAACGCCACUUCCGGUGCCGGGAAUUUGCCUCCCGGUGUGCCUAAUCCCACUUCCGGGUGUGGUGAUGUCACUUCCGUGGCAGGCCCCGCCCCUUCCCGUGAUGCUUUGCGGCAGAGGAAGCUGCUGCAGGACGGGCGCCGCCUGGUGGCGCUCGUGAGGGCCGCCGAAUCCCAGGGCCUCCCCCCGGAAGCUCUUGGCCCCGCCCCCUUUUCUCAUCUUCCGGAACCUUCUGGCUCCGCCCCCGACCCCGAAUCCCAAAUCCGGCACUUCCGGAGCCGCCUCGGGGGGGUCCUCAAGGCCCUCCUGGGGGCGGGGUCUGAUGAAAAAGGGGGCGGGGCCUCCCUGGGGCCCUUCUCAUUGGCCGAAGCUGCUUGGGCGUGGCUGGAGGGGGAGGGGCAGUUUGACCGCGCCUGCCGCAUUCUGAUUGGCCGGAGGAAGCAGCAGCUGCGGCUCCUGUCCAGCCUCGGUUUCCCCGAGGCCGGCGCGGCGGCGGCGGCGCUGCAGCGGCAGCAGGGCAGCCACUGGGGGGCGCUGCGGGAGCUGCAGCGGCUGCGGCUCCGCCCCUUCCGCUUACGUCAGCAGCAGGGGGCGGAGCCAGCGAUGGACUUCAAUCAGCCCGACCAGCAGGCCCUCGUCCGUCAGAUUUUGGCCACUUGCCCCGUGGCCAGCUGGGGCCGGGCCUUACUGGUGGCCAGUUUGGGCCGGGAACUGGGGCUGGGGCUGCUGGCGGCUCCCAGUAAGGAGCCCUUACUGGUUGAACUGGUGGAGGCCGUGGGGUCCUGCCCCGACCGGGCCGUCCUGCGCAGGCGCCUGCGCUGCGAGUGCGCCGUCUGCGGCUGGGGGCUGCCCCGCCAACUGAUGCAGUGGCUGCCGGGCUGCUCGUGCCCGCUGUGCCCCGAGUGCUUCCGGCUGCACUUCACCGUGGGGCUGAGGGAGAGGGGGGUGGGCGCCCUGGGCUGCCCCAGCUGCGCCCAAAAAUUGAGGUUUUUAACCAAAAAUGGGGGUUUUGUCAUCUAA